GGGCCCGGCCCAGAUUACGAAGAAGAGAAGCCCAAUGAAACAGACAAGAGCUUCUGUAAAAGGUUUCGACUCGGCCACAAAACCCUAUUAACUCCUGGUCAUAGUUGCCGUAGGUGCAGCGGAACCCGUUCCCUGAGGAGGCUGCGCGAUGGGUGCCUACAAGUAUGUUUCAGAGCUAUGGCGCAAGAAACAGUCUGAUGUUAUGCGCUUCUUGCAGCGGGUGAGGUGCUGGGAGUAUCGCCAACAACCUUCCAUUGUUCGCUUGACAAGGCCGACUCGCCCUGACAAGGCUCGUCGCUUGGGCUAUAAGGCUAAGCAGGGUUAUGUGGUUUACCGGGUUCGUGUUCGGAGGGGUGGUAGAAAGAGACCAGUUUCCAAAGGUAUUGUUUAUGGGAAGCCCACAAACCAGGGUGUUACCCAACUGAAAUUUCAGCGGAGCAAGAGGUCCGUUGCUGAGGAGCGAGCUGGACGGAAGCUGGGUGGACUCAGGGUUCUCAAUUCGUACUGGGUCAAUGAGGACUCCACUUAUAAAUACUUUGAGAUAAUUCUGGUGGAUAUUGCUCAUACUGCAAUUAGAAAUGACCCAAGAAUCAACUGGCUCUGCAAGCCAGUGCACAACCACAGGGAGCUGCGCGGGAACACCUCUGCAGGGAAAAGCAACAGGGGUUUACGGGGCAGAGGUCAUCGGUACCACAAAGCACGACCAUCCCGCAGGGCAACCUGGAAGAGAAACAACUCCCUAUCCCUUCGCCGUUACCGCUGAUUCUUUUGCAAUUAUUUUGUUUUUGCUUCAUUUUCUGGAUACUAUAUUGAGGACAUGUCAUUUUACAUUUUGACUGGUAUUCUAUGUUUUGGAACACCGAAAUUAUUGUUCCCCAUGAAUCUGAGUUUUGAUCGUUCACUGGAAAUUAAUAGCUGGUGUUAGUUA